AUGGAUGCAUUCACGGGCUCGGGUCUCAAGAGGAAGUUUGAUGAUGUGGAUGUGGGCUCAUCAGUUUCCAACUCCGAUGAUGAGAUCUCCAGCAGUGACAGUGCUGACAGCUGUGACAGUCUCAAUCCUCCUACAACUGCCAGCUUCACGCCCACAUCCAUCCUCAAGCGGCAGAAGCAGCUGCGGAGGAAGAAUGUGCGCUUUGACCAGGUGACCGUUUACUACUUUGCCCGACGCCAAGGCUUCACGAGUGUGCCCAGCCAGGGUGGGAGCUCUCUGGGCAUGGCCCAGCGCCAUAACUCCGUGCGCAGCUACACGCUCUGUGAGUUUGCUCAGGAGCAGGAGGUGAACCAUCGGGAGAUUCUUCGUGAACACCUAAAGGAGGAGAAGCUCCAUGCCAAGAAGAUGAAGCUGACCAAGAAUGGGACGGUGGAGUCGGUGGAGGCCGACGGCCUGACCCUGGAUGAUGUUUCAGAUGAAGAUAUUGACGUGGAAAACGUGGAGGUGGAUGAUUACUUCUUCCUGCAGCCCCUGCCCACCAAGCGGCGCCGAGCCUUGCUGAGGGCUUCGGGGGUCCACCGCAUCGAUGCCGAAGAGAAACAGGAGCUUAGAGCCAUCCGCCUGUCACGGGAAGAGUGUGGUUGCGACUGUCGCCUGUACUGUGACCCAGAAGCCUGUGCCUGUAGUCAGGCUGGGAUUAAAUGCCAGGUGGAUCGCAUGUCCUUUCCGUGCGGUUGUUCCCGGGAUGGCUGCGGGAACAUGGCGGGGCGCAUUGAAUUUAAUCCGAUCCGGGUCCGGACUCAUUACCUCCACACCAUCAUGAAGCUGGAGCUGGAGAGCAAGCGGCAGGUGAGCCGCCCGCCAGCCCCGGACGAGGAGCCCUCACCCGCCGCCGGUUGCAGCCUGACGGGAGCCCAGGGCUCCGAGACACAGGACUUCCAGGAGUUCAUUGCUGAGAACGAGACGGCGGUCAUGCACCUGCAGAGUGCAGAGGAACUGGAGCGGCUCAAGGCAGAGGAAGACUCCAGCGGCUCUAGCGCCAGCCUGGACUCCAGCAUCGAGAGCCUGGGCGUGUGCAUCCUGGAGGAGCCGCUGGCCGUGCCCGAAGAGCUGUGCCCGGGCCUCACAGCCCCCAUCCUCAUCCAGGCUCAGCUGCCCCCGGGCUCCUCCGUCCUGUGUUUUGCCGAGAACUCAGACCACCCGGCCGCCUCGGCAGUGAACAGCCCGUCCUACUUGAACGGUGGGCCCCUGGUCUACUAUCAGGUGGAGCAGAGGCCAGUCCUGGGGGUGAAAGGAGAGCCUAGCGCGGAAGAAGUCCCGCCUUCUUUCCCCAAGGAGAAGGAUCUGAACGUCUUCUCUCUCCCGGUUACCUCACUGGUGGCUUGUAGCCCCACAGACCCAGCUGCCCUGUGUAAGUCAGAAGUGGGGAAAGCGUCCACCCUAGAGGCGCUAGUGCCCGAAGGCUGUAACCCUGACGAGCCUGAGAGCGAAGACUUCCGCCCUUCUUGGUCCCCCUCGAGCCUCCCCUUCCGCACGGACCAUGAAGAGGGCCGUGCGGUGGAGAAAACCUCACAGCAGAGUGAGGACAGGCCCCCCGAAGAUUCUUCCCUAGAACUCCCUGUGGCAGUGUGA